AUGUCUCAUCCCGCCGAAGAUCAAGCCACUGAGGCCCUUCCGACGGCCAUCAUUCCAGUUGAACGCCGCCUAAGAUACCCGAUCAUUUACUUGUCGUACCACGUUUGGGUUGAGCACAGAGUCCUCUUCCCCGAUGGCACGCCAUCUUAUGCUAGGCGUUCGGAAGCGCCGCGUACCCCCGAGAAUUGGAGAUACCACCAUGAGUGUAUCACGACUACCUACGAUGAAGUUGCCCCAAUCCCACCAUGCAAGGUCCCAUUUGACCACUUGUCACUUCGGGACUUCAAGCGAGGUGUCAUUGAACUGAUUGGCUCCACCCGCUCGGAUUUUGACUUCGUGGGGGUCUUGCGAGCAGCGGAUUCGGCUAAUAAACUCCAAUGGCGCGGGUAUCGCACCUGGCCAGGCGGCCCGACUCCACGUAACAUGAAUGUGCGGUAUCAUUUCAGAGAUUUUGCGAGGAUGGCCACUCGCGCGGUGCUGCCAAUGAAGAUCCAUUUGAAGCUGUUCAUGGAUGAUCCGGCUCAAAUUGUUGGUAACCGCCGCUACUGGACCUGGAUCCCUCAUAUCUGGCCGCACGAGGUUAUAGCACCUUUUGUGCCGAACGGCAAACUUCCACCGCCCCCAGAGGAUUGUUUGGUUCUUGGGGGGCAACUGCCGUUGCCCCAUGCCGGCGAACAGGCAACUACAAGUCGUUUAAGCGUGGAUACACCGGCUUCUCCGUUCCGGAAUGCAGACGAUGACCCAACUACGACUCAAUUAAGCAUGGGGCCCGCACCUUCUCUUUCCAGCUGGGUCAUCGAGACCCCAUCGUCGACCACCCCAACGCCUCCCUUGGUGCAGUCCCCGUCUGUUCAUUCAAGCUCUGCUAGGGCUAGGAGCUCCUCAUACUUCGAGCCGCCAUGCUCUUCUGAUUCCGACUCCGAUUCCAACGAACCGGAAAUUGAUGCACCUCUCUCCAGCCCGGUCGCUACCGAGGACGUCGAAAGCACUGCUGUGAAUGCCCCGCCGUCGAGCCCCCACAUCUUGGUCACUGACGAACGCGUGAACAGUGGUCCAUCAGGCAUCUGA